GUGUGAUGCGUGGAUUAGAAAAAUGGAAGAUUGGAUGACUAUGGAAGUCAAAAGGUGAAGUUGUAGUGGGAGGAUGGAAGGCGAAACAAGCAAGGAAGGUGUGAUCUGCCUAUACCAGCUGAGAUGGACCGCUAGGAAGACCCCACCGCUCGCCACUUGUACGUCCGCUCAUUUCUGCCCUCAGUCCCGCUCAAAUCUUCUUCUUCGCGAUCCAGCCUCUGCCUAAAUUUCUUGUAAGUAUUUAUGAGCGGUGGGAUGAGAUUUGUUACUUGUCGCGGCGUUCUCGAAGUAGUCUCGCGCGCUGCCGUUCCCUUUUCGUUUUAUUCGCCUAUCAAUUAUCGAUGCUGCUGUUGCUACUCCUGCAGUUUCCUGGAAACCCGUGCGGUUUGAAGUUAGUUUAAGCUCUUAAUUUGUAAUUUUGUGGAUCUGUUUGUGUUUCGGUGUGGGGAAGAGUUUGAAUUCAACCUAGAGCAGGAACUUAUGAAUGUGGGUAAUGGAUAGAGUGUGUAAUAAUGUGCUGAGUGAAGAUGAAUUCUGAGAGUGAAGCUGAUUCGGGCAGUGAAUGCGGGAAAUUUGCGAUGUGAUUGGAAAUGGUAGGCAAGUGAAACGAAGUAUCAGCUUCGACUCGAUGAAGCGGAGGUCGAAUUCGCAGAAAUUUCAAUUUCAUCACCGAUGGAAGAGAAAACUGCUUGCGGCGCUGUUGCUAGGGUUUUGUUUCGCGACUUUUCUGUUGAUGGAAUCUCCACCCGCCAUAAUCAAAGUGUUGACGUCGGUCUCCCCUUCGUUGAUUCAGAAGCCUAAAAUUGCAUUUCUCUUUAUCGCGAGAAAUCGAGUUCCGCUCGACAUUGUCUGGGAUAAGUUUUUCAAGGGAGAUGUUGAGAACAGAUUUUCCGUAUAUGUACAUUCGCGGCCAGGGUUCUUGUUGACCAUGGCGACAACAAGAUCAACAUACUUUUUAGACCGUCAAAUUAAUGAUAGUGUACAGGUAGAUUGGGGAGAAGCUAGCAUGAUCCAGGCUGAACGCAACUUGCUUCGACAUGCAUUAAUGGAUAAAUUCAACGAACGAUUUCUUUUCCUCUCAGACAGCUGCAUACCUUUAUACAAUUUCAGCUACACAUACAACUAUAUAAUGUCUGCCUCAACUAGCUUUGUCGACAGCUUUGCCGAUACAAAAGAAGGCCGAUAUAAUCCGAAAAUGCAUCCAGUUAUUCCUGUUGAAAACUGGCGGAAAGGAUCUCAGUGGGUUGUUCUGACCCGAAAACAUGCGGAGAUUGUAGUUAACGAUGACACUGUAUACCCAAUGUUUCAGAGGCAUUGCAAGAAGAGAUCUUUACCUGAGUUUUGGCGGGACGAUCCCUUUCCUGCUGAUGGAUCUAAGGAGCACAACUGUAUUCCAGAUGAACACUAUGUUCAAACCUUGCUUGCUCAAAAAGGUCUUGAAGGAGAAAUCACAAGGAGGUCCUUGACUCAUAGCUCCUGGGAUCUUUCUUCUUCGAGAGAUCCCAAGAGGCGAGGUUGGCAUCCUGUAACUUACAGGUUGGCUGAUGCUACCCCCGCUCUUAUCCAAUCCAUCAAGAGCAUAGAUAACAUCUACUACGAGACUGAGUAUCGAAGGGAAUGGUGCAGCAGCAAGGGGGAGUUCUCCAAGUGCUUCCUUUUUGCAAGAAAAUUUACACGACCUGCUGCGAUACGCCUUCUCAAUACGUCGGAUUGGGAGAUUUGAAGCAACUAUUUUACAUAAAGGAGGAGUUGGUUGCAUUCUUAUUUUGAGCCAUCUUUAAUUUGUUUUGGUUGUAUAAUGUUGUAAUAUGCAUGAAAAUAAAGGGGCUUUGUGCUUCUGGUCAGCAUUUCCAUCAGGUAGUGUAAUUGAACAGUUUUUUUUUAUUCUUAUUUUUAUUUUUUAAAUAAUAUAUG